CAGCAAAAAGACGUUCCGAAUUCUUCGUCCUUGUUCCGCAUCAUAGUACCUGCACUUGCUCAAAGCAUUUCUAGUUAGGGUUCCCUUUUUCGUACGUAUUGUAUGUCAAUUUUCCUCCCAGUUUUCUCAUGAUCCAAACACCCUAUUAGGGCCGUAACGAUCUCAGAUUCUCCAAUGGGUGUGUCCUUCAAAGUGUCGAAAACCGGUACCAGGUUCCGCCCCAAGCCUUCUCUUCAAUCCGACACCAACGUUGCUGUCGACGAUGUGGCGGAGAAUUCCAGAGAUAGCUUGCGAAUUGUUCGCGGAGACGAAUCCAAUGCUCGGAAGCUCGAGGGUGGUGUUGUUGAGGGAGGUGAGAAAGUUGCUAGGGUGUCUGGGUCAACCCUGUCUUCUGAAGAGCAACAUGUAUUAACAGAGCCAGAGAGUGAAGCUUCCUUCACGUUGAACCUCUUUGUAGAUGGAUACUCUAUUGGAAAACCUUCAGAGAAUGAUACUUCGCAUCAGCCAACCGUUCAAGAGGUUCCAAAGUCGUUACAUCCUUAUGAUAGGACAUCUGAAACUCUCUUCUCAGCAAUUGAGUCUGGUCGGUUGCCAGGUGACAUUCUGGAUGAUAUACCUUGCAAGUUCAUUGAUGGAACACUUGUUUGUGAGGUACAUGAUUACCGUAAAUGUGCUUCAGAACCAGGAUCUGGUUCACAGCCAACUGAUGGGUGCCCUAUUGUAAAUAAAGUACGCCUUAGAAUGUCAUUAGAGAAUGUUGUGAAGGAUAUUCCUCUGAUCUCAGAUAGUUCUUGGACAUAUGGUGAUCUGAUGGAAAUGGAGUCUCGGAUAUUGAAAGCAUUGCAACCAAAACUUCAUUUAGAUCCUACUCCCGAGUUGGAUAGGCUAUGUAAGAAUCCAGUUCCCACAAAGCUUGAUUUGGCUCUUUGCAGUUUGCGGAGAAAGAGAGUAAGACAGAUACCUGAAGUUACUGUCACAUCUAACUGCAAAACACAUGGGAAGAAAAUUUGCAUUGAUAGGGUUCCAGAAAGCUCUAACUGCAGAUUGGGAGAAUCAGGAAUUGUUCCAGGCAACAUAACAGCAGAGCAUGUUCAGGAGAAUCUAAAUAGCAACAUCAAUGCCUUAAGAGCUAAUAGCUUUGUGUCAGAUGCUUCUGUUGCGACACCUCAUUUGAUGUCUAAUCAAUCAGGGUAUCAAAUGGGGGUUGGCACCCCAAGAAGUGCUCAAGAUCAUGUGGCAGGACCUGUAGUUAAUACAUCAGGGGCAUCUCCUGCUGGACAGGAUGUGAUGAUCUCAUAUGGUGACAAUAUAAACUCUAGCGCCUCUUUUCAUAGAAAGAGGGAGAACCAAGAUGGACAAGUGCCACCCUUAUCUAGUUUAAAUAAAAGGGCAAGGCCUAUGCCGGUGGGUCUUGAGGGAAUGCAACCGCAGCGAAUUGGCCCACUUAUGGACAGCUUAUCAGAAUUGGACUGGAAGAAUACAUUGUUGCAGCAGCAAGCAAUGGCUAGAGGAAUUCAAUAUGCAAAUACUGGGAAUCAAAAGUUUUCCCGUCAGGUGUUUGAAGGGGUUUUGAAUCAGGAUUCUGGGGCAGCCCCAUUUUCUGCAGGACAACAGGGCAUGAGAUUCACUCCCAAGGAAGAACAAUUUGAUACAGGUAAGUUAGAUGGGCCAGAGCUCAGUGGGGGUAGAAAUGAUAUGCAGAUGGCGGACACAGAAACAAGCCAUCUUGAUCCACAGCAAGCAAGGCACCAACAAAGACUACCCCAGCAUACUUUCAUGAGAUCUAAUUUUCCUCAGAGCCCUUGGAAUAAUCUUGGUCAGCAGACUGAGAAAGAUGGCAGAAAGGAGGAACAACUUCAGAAAAGAAAAUCAGUGCAAAGCCCCAGGUUGUCUUCAGGAACUUUGGUCCAAUCUCCAUUGUCAUCAAAAUCUGGGGAGUUUUCCAGUUGUUCAUCAGGACCCCACUUUGGAACAGUAACAACAUCUGCUACUGUUGGAGUAUCACAAAAGGAGAGGGCUGCAAUUUCCUCAGUAAAUGCUGUUGGUGGGACCCCAUCCAUGACUUCCAGUGGUAAUGAUUCCCUGCAAAGGCAACAUCAGGCUCAACUUGCUGCAAAACGUAGAUCAAAUUCCCUUCCCAAGACCCCAGCAAUUAGUGGGGUCGGUUCCCCUGCUAGUGUUAGUAAUAUGAGUGUUCCACCAAAUGUUACCAGUCCAUCAGUCGGGACCCAACCUUCAGUUGACAAAGACAUGCUUGAUAGGUUUUCAAAGAUUGAAAUGGUGACUCUGAGGCAUAAACUCAACUGCAAAAAGAAUAAGGUUGAUAAUUACACAAUCAAAAAGUCUAAUGCACAUUUGCCUCAAAUACUUAAGGCUGCUCUUUCCACCCCUCCAAAUAAUGAGGAUUUCAAAGACGACACUGAAAAACCCCUAUCAAAGUCACUUAUAGGUGGCAGCAUGAAUAUCUGCAAGACUACAUUUAUAGCUUUGGGGCAUCAGGAGCGUACAGUUCAAGGAAAUUGCAUUACUUGUGUUCCUAAGUUCCGGACUAGGAUGAUAAUGUCAGAGAAGCAAAAUGAUGGAACUGUUGCAAUGCUUCAUGGAGAUGCUGAGGCUGAUUUUCAUGCUGUGGAGGAUUACCUUCCUACAUUGCCCAAUACACAUUUUGCAGAUUUGCUUGCACAACAGUUUCGUGCAUUGAUGCAACGUGAAGGAUAUGAGGUGCAACAACAUAUCCAACCUAAGCCCCGCAUCAAUGUUGCCAUUGGCAAUCAAUCAAAUGUUGCUGGGAUGCAUCCUAAUAAUUCAGUGGUUGAGAUGCAACAAUACGAAGAAGCAGUUUCUGGCCAGCCAUCCAAUGAAGUUGUCAAGCCAACUAGUAGCGGUAAUACAUCUCUAAACCCAGCCCAGAAUCUUCUGGCAAACUCGAGGAUGCUGCCACCUGGAACCACUCAGGCCUUGCAGAUGUCUCAAGGGCUCUUAUCUGGGGCUUCAAUGCCCCCUCGGCCACAUCUUCCUGAGUCACAGUCAUCACUUCCUCAGCAGCAGCAGCAGCAGCAGCAGCAACAGCAGCCGAACCAAUUCAUUCAACAGCAGCAUCCCCAGUUUCAGAGAUCAAUGAUGCUUGCAACAAACCCUCUUUCAAACUUGAAUGCAAUUGGGCAGAACUCGAAUAUACAAUUGGGUAAUCAAAUGGUGAGCAAGCCUUCGGCUCUCCAGCUUCAGCUCUUACAACAACAGCAACAGCAACAGCAACAGCAGCAGCAACCUCAAAUGCAGAGGAAAAUGAUGAUGGGUCUUGGAACGGCUGUGGGUAUGGGAAAUGUAGGCAAUAACAUGGUUGGAAUUGCAGGCCUUGGCAAUGCAAUGGGAAUGGGAAAUGCAAGGGGAAUAAGUGGAACAGGAAUCUCAGCGCCCAUGACAUCUAUAUCUGGAAUGGGAAACGUGGGGCAGAACCAAAUGAAUUUAAGCCAGGCUUCAAAUAUUGGCAAUGCAAUAAGCCAGCAUAUACGGUCUGGGACGUUAGCACCAGCUGUUAUCAUGGCAUCAAAACUUAGGAUGGCGCAAAACCGAGCAACAAUGCUAGGCAGUCCCCAGUCUGGCAUAGCAGGGAUUUCGGGAGCCAGACAGGUGCAUCCAGGCUCUACUGGUCUCUCAAUGCUUGGUCAGCCUUUGAACCGAGGGAACAUGAGCCCGAUGCAACGAGCACCAAUGGCAGCUAUGGGUCCUCCAAAGUUGAUGGCAGGAAUGAAUAUAUGCAUGAACCAGCAGCAACAACAACAGCAACAGUUGCAACUACAGCAGCAACUACAGCAGCAACUACAGCAGCAACAGCAAUUGCAACAACAACAGCAACAACAACAAUUGCAACAGCAGCAACAGAUGCAGCAGCGGCAGCAGCAGCAGCAGCAGCAGCAUCAUCAAGAAACAACCUCAUCGCUACAGGCUGUUGUUUCCCCACCACAAGUUGGCUCACCCUCAACCAUGGGAAUUCCACAAAUGAACCAGCAAACCCAGCAGCAGCAGCCACCGCCACAGCAACAGGCCAGCCCACAGCAAAUGAGCCAACGAACUCCAAUGAGCCCACAGAUGAGUGCUGGGGCUAUUCAUGCCAUGAGUGCCGCUAACCCAGAGGCAUGUCCGGCCAGCCCACAGUUGAGCUCUCAAACCCUCGGCUCAGUUGGUAGUAUCACUAAUUCUCCUAUGGACCUUCAAGGUGCGAACAAGAGUAACUCUGUCAGUAAUGCAUAGUGGAAACUGCCCUCCUCUUUAGCAGUCUUGUUUGUGAGUUUUCUUAUCAAUCCCCAUAGACUGUUAAAAGGCAUUGGAGAGGGGAAGAGAUUGAAGGCAUGAUGACAACAAUUCAUUAAGUCUGGAAAUAACGGUACAGCUGUCUUGGUCCAAAUCAUUCUAAUUGUGGCAAUAAGAUUGAAGUCAAGAACUGUGGAGGAAUUUUCAAUAAGUUGUAUCUACAAAUAAUGUGUAGAAAAGUGUGGUGUAGUAAAUUACAGGCAUUAGAUUUCUGGUACAGUAGGAUGAUUUUAUAAACACCUUUGAAUCCUUCACUUUUGGCUCCUUUUUCUUGUACCGCGGGGGCCCAGGGAGGGUUCCUGAUGCCACUGCUGAAAUUUCUAAUUUAUUGUGUUGAUUUGUCGAAUGUCCGUGGACAUCUGUGUGGAAUAACUCUUACAUGUAUCUAGAGUGGAAUUUCUAAUGGCCCCAAGCUAUCAGGUCAAUUUUUUGUACCCAAUUUGUGAUGAACGAUAUUUGAUUAUAUUGUAGGAUGAACAGAACAAGAUGGAUGCUUGUUAUUAUGUUUAGUAAGUGUUUGGUAUUAGAGAGAGUUCUCCAUCUUACCAGACA